CAUUAGGAAUAAUGACAGAUUUCAUAAAAGAAAACAACGCUAAACUAAAUAUAAUCAAUAAGAACCAAAAAGAACUAAAUCAAGCGAUCAAAGAUUUAAGUAAGCAGAAUUUAGGAUUAGAGAAUGAAAUGCAUGUAAUAAAUAUGUAUAAUCAAAUUGAAAUUUGCUUACAACAAGUUUAUGAUAGGGUAGAAUUAUUAGAAAAUGCAAUAACAUUUGCUCAUCUAGGUCAAUUACACCCAAGCAUUGUGGACCCUAGCUUUCUUCAAGUAAAAAAUACACAGUUGAUGUACUCUCCUACUAUAGAAAACAUACAUGCAAUUGAGAAAUUAAUAGAAUUAAAGGCAUACAGUACGAAUGAAUCAAUUAAUUUUGUAUUAGAAAUAUCAUUAGUAACUAACCUUCCUUAUAGUUUGCUUCAUUUGUACUCGAUCCCGAAUAAAAACAAUACGGUCCUCAUUCCCAAAAACCCAUACCUAAUCUUGGGAGGCAGCGAAUUCGCAUACCCUCUUGAGCCCUGCACAUCUAUAACGGAGAAAGUAGUCAUCUGCCGUCACUUAGAAUGGCACCAACUCAACAAGUCAGAAGAUUGUAUAGCGCAACUUCUACAACAUAAACAACCACAUAAUUGCAAGUAUGCAACAGCUGAAAUUAACAAUAAUAUCAUAAAACAAAUUAAGGAAAACAGUUGGAUCGCUAUCCUAAAACAAGAAGAAAUCGCGAAAACCACGUGUGAAGAAAACGUAGAAUACCAGCGGAUCAGCUGAAUAGUUCUCAUAACUACAAACAAGAAAUGCAACAUCAAAAUCGCCGGUAGAACACUUACAACCCACAUGGAAUACUUAAAUGUCAAGGAAAGCAUCCCUCUGCCAAAAACGCAGUACGCCUCGACGCAAUCUUCAAUCACAGUCCAAUUGGAAGAAGUGAACUUGGAUAAUCUAAAAGACAUCUUAAAGAAAACUCAAGUAACGCAAGAAAAUGAUGAGCCAGUAAUAACUCUAAAACCCAGCUGGCCAACUAUUUGCAUGUACCUUAAUCAUAACAGUCAUUGCAAGUGCAGUCGCCAUCAAAUGGUAUCUUCGGUCCUGCAAGCAAAGUUCAGCAGCGCCGGAAUGUCUGCAGCUUCAAUCGCAAGAACUCCUGCAACAGCAGCACCAGCCUUCGACGUGCUUCACACUUAAAGGGGGAGGAGUUACGUCGCCGUAAUUGAAACACAAGAAGAAACAAACAAGAUAAUUAAGUUUAGAGAUAAGAGUCAAUGAUUAUAUGUUUCAAUUAAUAAAAGUUAGUUCUCUGCUUGUAUUCGGUGUGGACGGUCGAGUCCACUGGGCUUUUCUUUUACAUGUAAUAAUAUAUUUUAAAAUCAAAUAUAUUCUCAUUUUAACACUUUUUAAAAAGCCAGAAUCGCCACGACGAAAUAUAACUCCCCCUAGAAAACUUUUUUGGGGCAAUUAGGAGUCAUGGGUGCCGUAAUACAAAUCCGUCACCUGAAAGAUUUGAGUGUGCCUUUUCAACACUACUUAUAAAUAAUUUACCUAGUGUCCACAACUUUGGAUCAAAUUGUGAAAAAGAUUUAUGUAAUAAUUUAUAUGCACUUAUCACUAAAGAAGACAUUAAAGCUACGACGACCUGUUAUAUAGAUAAUAUACCUGAAAUAAAUAUAUUAAGCCUUCAAGAAAAAAAUAAACCCCAAAUUAUUGCACCAUUGCAAUAUGUUUCUGGAUAUUUCCUGCGUCAAGCAAAAAAUAAAAAUAUUUAAAUCAUGCACUAUAUGUAAUAGGGAUCUAUUUAAUGACCAGGAAAUAGAAUAUAUUAAAUAUAGAGAAUAUGCAGGUCGUCGUUGGCUUUGUAGCCCUAGCGAAAAUUUAAUUAAUUGCAUUUCUAAUUUACAAGAUAUACAUCAUCAUGUUUUAAAAAAUAAUUUAAAUAUUGAUAAUUUAAAAUUAUAUAUCAAAACAUUAAUAUUAAUUAACACUUAAAUGUAAAAAGCAUAAAAAUGAAUUAAUUGAAUUUAUAAUUAAUUUAUCGAGUAGGUUUUUCAUACACAAUCUGUGUAAAACCAUAAAACAAAUAUUAAAUGGGAGAAGGGGUUGUGAUUGUGUGCGAUUGUGUUUGAGAUUCUUUAACCAUUUGCAGAUAAGAAAAAAACACUUAUUUGUAACUGGUUAAAAAAUCUUGAAUUUAAAAACCCUUGAUCACCAACCAUCAUAUACAUAAAACUACCUAGAUAUCCAUAGCAUACAAUUAAAACUUUGACUUCAAAUAAUAGAUGGCGCUGAUACAAUUCUUCCCAAUUUGACCUUCGAGACAAGUCUCUAUUUCCUAUAUUAUAAAGUACUCUGUGCUACAUUCAUUCCGUUCAUUCGUUACAAAUGUCAAUGUCACAACAACACAAUAUUGUUGUAGAUUUGAGGUUAUAAUAUAUAUUUGGAGUUCCUGUUGUUAGUUUUUCUAAUUAUUAAGUAGUUAAUGUAUAAAAAUAAUGCCGGGACCUAAAAGGAAAUCUGUUGUUUGGGAUAUAUUUGAAUCGUAAGAGAAUGGACAUGUUAAGUGCUAACAGUGUUCAGAAUUAUACAAAUAUAGUGGACAAUACCACCACUUUAUUAAAACAUAUUCCGUCUUAUUACAAAAAGCGAAAUAAACCUUAGCUUCAAUCUAUACUAACAAAAUCAGGCUUAUCUGGGAAACCAUGGUUUAAAUUUGUCCGUAUUACAAAACUCAUAAAAACCGUAGACUUCUUAAUACCGCGAUUUGAACCAUGGCCUAUAUAUAAACCACAGAUAAAUACAAACAACAUUCGUUCAAUACAUCAUUUAAUCGCAACGUUCCAUAUACCCAAAAAAGAAAACGUUUUUCAUACAAUGUUAAAAUGAUUAAAUAAUGUUUAGGAGUAUUAAAAAUAUUAAGACUUGGUUAUUUUGCUCCAAGAUCAACAAUAGUUGUAACUUCGAUUGCAGUUUUGUUUAGGUUUCAAAUUUUGACUAAUGUUGUAUUAGAGCGAGGCUCCAUUAGUGCGUUGCGUCGUCGCAGCGUCGUUUUCCAUACAUUUUUUAUGACAUGCCCCAUUAGACCGUUGCGUCGUCGCGCGCGACAUUUCAAUUUCUCAUUUCAUGAGUGAGCAGGAUAUUGAUAUAGAUUUUCUCCUAUCCUUGGUCCAAGAAAGACACACGAACAUUACAGUGAUAAAUUUCGUAAAGCGAAUGAAUGGGUAGCUGUUUGUAAAAAAAUAUUUCAAGAUUACGAGGAGUUUGAGGACCAAAAAAAGAACAAGAUUGGUAACGAGGUUGUGAAAAAAUGGAGAAGCGUGAAGGACAACUUUUUCCGAUACGUAAAAAAAAUAAAAGAAAACAGUUCGUCUGGAUCAGGGGCAAAACAAUUAAAAAAAUAUCAUUAUUACAAUCAGUUGCUGUUUUUGAUGAAAGUUGCCCAAAAUAAAACUGACAGUAGCCUUGAAAUGGUGUCUGAAGAAACGGAACGAAAUGAAAACACAGCAUCAUCUUCUCCAUUUCCUACAAAAGAAAUGUCCUCGUUACCCCCAGGUCCUGCUCGCUACGUGCCUGCAGGCCGUAAGAGAUCAAACCAAGCAAUAGAUGAUUUCGAGGCGCAAGCAUUAGAAGUGUUGCAAGGAAAAGAAAACCGCCACUUAUCAUUUUUCAAAGGAAUUUUGCCUUCUUUGGACAGCUUUACGGAAUUACAAACUUUGACAUUCCAAAGCAAAGUUAUAAAUAUCAUUACCGAAAUUCGGUUCGGGGAACAGACUCAAUCAACAACAUGGCAGUCACGCGGAUAUCAAACUGGACAACAGUUCAAGCAACACCAUUGCAGCCACGCGGAUAUCAAACUGGACAACAGUAUCAAGCAACACCAUUGCAGUCACGCGGAUAUCAAACUGGACAACAGUAUCAAGCAACACCAUUGCAGUCACGCGGAUAUCAAACUGGACAACAGUAUCAAGCAACACCAUUGCAGUCACGCGGAUAUCAAACUAGACAACAUGCCCAGUCACCAUCGCCAUCGUCGUAUCGAACAGAUGAAUUCGAAGCUACGUACUCAACCAACACUACGAUUAAUAAUUUUACUGAUGAUAGUCAAGAAGAAGAUUAUAACUUUGCUUUGUUGCCUAAUAGUAAUACUUAAAUUAAACUGUUUUUAAUGAUAAUAAAUUAAUAACUGAUUAACAUUACGAGUAUUAUGAUAUUUGAAUUACUUACCUCAAUGUAAUACCAAUCAUUUCAAUUGGUUCUAAAGGGUGCCUGAAUUUGGUAUACUGCUUUUUUAUAUGUGGUUUUAAGGUUUCAACCAAAUUAUUAAAGCUGGCCACACUCAUUCUAAAAAAAUUGAAAAAAGUCUUUUCAUCUAAUAACAACUCCCUAUAUUCCUGCAUAAAAAACUGACCAUCACUAUUUCUUAAUGCUAUCAAAGGAGAUAUCCAGAAUCUUCUAUGAUUUCUACGUUUAUUUCGGCGGUGCUGUAAUAAAAGCAACAAAAGAACACGUUUGUAUCUAUCCAUUGCAAAGGCUGAACUGAGACGCAGCUGCGUCGGCGUGCAUACCCUCUUGCGUUGCGUUGGCGCAGCGUCAACGCAACACAGGUGUGGCAUACAAUGCGUUGUUCCGUUGCGAUGACGCGACGCAACGCAGCGCAACGCACUAAUGGGGCCUCGCUCUUAGUUGGUAAUACAUCAAAAUGCGUGAUAUGAAACGUAAGCUUCCCGCGCGUUAUGUGAAACCGUAACAUUAAACUAAACUAUAGCGGUGACUAUUGCAAAUAGCUUUGAAAUUUAUUAUCAGUGUCUUAUUGUAUAGAACAAUUGACUCUUUGUAAUAUUGUGAUGGAUCAACGAAAGAAAAAAAGAUCUGAAAAUUGGAGUACUGAGUCGAGUCUAUUGGGUCGGCGUGGCGUUCCUAGUAGCUCAACGGCUUUAAUAUCCUCAAUAUCGUCUGAAUAUCUACCACGUUAAUAUCCAUUUUCGAUGAAAAAUAACAAGACAACGAAACAGACGCCAAUUUAAGAGAUAAUCUGACAAAUGAUUUGAAAUUUGAUAUUUACGAUUUAGACCAUCGUCACACCAGGGGUCGCCGAGGUUUAGCAUUAGACCAUGGUUUAUCGUUAAACCACUUUUUGUAAUACCAUUUUUAUAUAAAUCGUACUUUGCAUAGGUUUAAACCAGAGUUUUUAGUUAAACCUCGUUUUGUAAUAAAACGGAUUAACUCGAGUUACGUGAAUUUUAACUCGAGUUAGCUCGAGUUGUGUUUAUCGCGAGUUGGCACAUCACUAAGAGGAAGCUAUAUUUAUACAUUCUAUUUGGUAAAAUAACCGCUACAAGUAAUUAAGAAAGAUUGGGAAAAUUUCAACAACUUCGAAUCUGUGUUUACAUAUAAUAAUUAAAAUUUGAUGUGAAUAAAAAAAAAAUUACACCGACAGAAACACGAUGAAGUGCGAAUUAAAUAUUACGUGGAAACCGACUGUUAAUUAUGAAUGUUUUAUUUUAAAUCUAUUAAACAUAAAAUUCUAACUUCGCUUUUGAUAUUUUACUUACUGGCACUUCAUUUACUGACAAUGCUCUUACUAAUAGUAUCUAAAAAUGCUAAAUAUGGUUAUUAUUUUAAUUUUUAAAUAAUCAACAACUUGAAAGUGAUGGGGAAGAGGAAGUCGAGGAAGAUCCAUUACCUAUCGCAGAAGAGGCAUUAAAGGUUGUAGAAUUAUUAUCAGGAUUUGUCUAUAGCAAUAUUGAAAAUAAUAAGGGCAAAUCUAGCAGUACAAGAAUAUCGACGGAGAUACUCUAACAGGCCUACACCGCGUCGUCAGACUUUUAUCGACGUGCACUCGAGGUUAGCGGAAAAGAGGUUUGCAAAGGCUUGUUAAUGAACGCACUCAUUUAAUAUCGCACGAAGAUGAAGAGGAGGUGCUUAGACUGAUAGCCAAUGAACCCAGCCAUUUCUGUGCAACUACAGCUAUCUAAGUUGAGUGUAUUGAGAAUUUUGAAACGAGAGGGAUUACAUCCUGUUUUUACACUUGUUUCUGUCCAUCCAAAGGUUGUCUGGAAGAAAUCGCUUUUAGCGAUAAGACCGCCCAUUGUGUAACCAUGUCUUGUAUUUGCUUUUCUUUGUGUUUUAUUGGUUGUGUAAUAAAGAAUUAUAUUAUUAUUAUCCUUUUAGAUGGGUCCAAGACAUAAUGGAAUAAUAGAUUAUGCAGCCAGAUCUGUAUUUUGUUGGUGGCUCAAUAGAAGUGCAAGACAUAACUGUCGUUUUCUACCAAAAGAUACUGUGGACUGAUGAGGCUAAAUCUACUAGAGCUGGCAUUACAAAUCACCGAAAUGAUUAUCUCUGGCGCUCGGUAAUCCAAAGGCAGUGCGAAAAAUUACAUUCUAACACGCAUUUUCGGUGAAUGUAUGGACAGGCAUAAUCGACGAUCGUUUGAUAGGGAAUUGCCUCCUACAUUAAACGGUGCUAGAUUCCUGGAGUUCCUGCAAACAAUUAGCAGAGUCUCUUGGA